UUCAUUUAUUUUUCUCGUCCGACCUCUUCACCACCGAUCAACAACUCGCGGUCGACGGUAGUCUUGAAGGUUUCUACCACCUCGAUAUUUAGGCAUAUAAUCUUUAUGGUCUGUCAUUGCUCCUUUGUUUUAUUGAGUACUCAAAGCAGUAGGUUUGAUGCAUAUGCUUCACAGUGACUCAACAUUGCCAUGCAAGAUAGUGUUAACUGGUUUUUCAACACGGAUACUGUGUGGAAACUGAUGCCAUGUCUGCAUCUAGCAAAUUUGAUCUUUCUUCUGGUAGCCCGGAUAGGCCAUUAUAUGCAUCUGGGAAUCGUGGAUCCUAUGGUACUCCUUCAAUGGACAGAUCAGGUAGCUUCCGUGAAAACACAGAGAAUCCUCUUUUAUCGAGUCUGCCGAACAUGACGAGAACCAGUUCUUCUGUAACUCAAGGGGAUGUACUCAACUUCUUCCAAUGUGUGCGUAUCGAUCCAAAAUCUAUGGUGGUAGAGCAUAAGUUGAAUCGGCCAGCAGAAUUCAAGCGACUUGCAAGUGCUGCAGUUGGCGUUCCACUGGAAGAUUCUCUACCUGCAGCUGCAAAAGGAAAACAGCUGUCCACCCCCUCACUAGAGGAUCUCAGGAGACUUAAAUCUGGCGUGCGGGAAAGUGGUACUAAAGCUAGGGAACGUGUGAAGAUAUUUAAUGACUGUUUAUCAGUAAUUAACAAGUGUUUUCCGGCUAUUCCAUCGAGGAAAAGAUCCCGACUUGAUGCCUUGUCCAAUGAUCGAUCCAAUACCUUGUUGUCGAUUGAUCGGUCGGCAUCCGGAAUGGGCAUCGGGAAAACAGCCUCUCAGAAUCAUGCAAGUACAAGUGUUUUUGAGCUGGAGCAACAGAGACCUGAAGAAAGGACCAAGGGUGCUAUUCCAAGCAAGCGUACUAGAACUUCUCUGGCUGACGCAAGGAUGGACAUACGUGCAAAUAACUCUUCAAGGCCAUUGGGAAGUGUGGAUAAAGACAGGGAACUAGUAAGAUUCUCUAAUGGUAGCGCAUCUCAGAGUGACGAUCGGUCUUUAUCAGUGGCCGUUGAUGGUUGGGAGAAUUCAAAAAUGAAGAAAAAGCGAACUGGUAUAAAGCUAGAUGCUGCUGGUAGUUCGAUGAUGGCAAAACCAGUUGAUGGCUACAGAGAACCUAAACAAGGAAUGCAUCUGCGGCUUACCACUGAACCCCGUUCGAGGUCGAUCGAUGCCCAUGGCUUCAGAUCUGGCUCUAUAAAUGGAGGUCAGGGAGUAGGAAAAGCUGAAGCCACAGUGCAAACUGGCUUAGGCAUGCGGACACCCACAUCGAGGACUGACUCCGAUAACACACUCCAUGAGAGGAGAGAACGUCCAAUUGGUCAAGAGAAAGAAAGAGUGAACCUGAAAGUUGCGAACAAGGCGAAUUCUCGGGAAGAUUUAAGUUCAGGCAGCCCUACUUCAGGCUCAAAGUUGAACGCAAAUGUUCGUGCCCCCCGUUCAGGCUCAGUUGGUGGUGCGUCAAAGUUGUCUCAUGUGGCGCAGCGAUCUCAUGAUUGGGAAUUUUCUAAUUGCAUAAACAAAAUUCCUGGUGGCCUUGGAGUUAACAGUCGCAAACGGACUCCUUCUGCACGGUCUUCUUCUCCUGUUGCUAACUGGGCUCAAAGGCCUCAAAAGAUUUCUAGAACUGCCAGAAGAACUAAUUUGUUGCCGACUGUUCCUGGGAAUGAUGAGAAUCCCAUUUUAGAUGCCACAUCCGAUAUGAUGGCUGAAAGACGUUUUCCUGCCAGUUCUCCUCAGCAAGUCAAAAUAAAGAGCGAUAAUUUCUCUCCAGCUGCAUUAUCUGAGAGUGAGGAGUCAGGUGUUGCUGAAAUCAAGUCUAGAGAGAAGACUAAGAGUUGUGAUGAGAUAGAUGAAAAAAGUGGUCAGAAUAUCCAGAAAAUGUCAACACUGCUGCUACCCCCAAGAAAAAAUAAGACAGUAAAUGGAUAUGACCAUGGAGAUGGUAUCAGGAAGCAAGGUCGAACUGGUCGAGGAUAUACUUCAUCCAGGUCCCUCUUACCUUCAUCAGUCGAAAAGCAUGGGAACGUGGGAGCAACUAAACAAAUUAGAAGUUCUAGAAUUGUCCCUGACAAGAGUGAAAGCAGACUGGGUCGUCCACCUAGUAGAAAGCUCUCUGAUAGGAAGCCUUACACACGACAAAAACAUAUCACUGUCAAUGCUGGAGCAGAUUUUCUCGUUGGUUCUGAUGAUGGUCUUGAAGAGCUCUUAGCUGCUGCAAAUGCUGUUACAGACACUGCUCAUGCCCUCUCUAGCCCGUUCUGGAAGAUGAUGGAGCCUCUAUUUCGGUUUAUAUCUGAUGUGGACUUAUCCUAUUUGAAAAAUCAGGUUAAUCCUGGUUUAGCUGUGGAUACACCUGCUCUUGCCCCUCACGAUGCCGGCAGUAGCACUUUACUACCUAAUGGCUGUAGAUCAAAUGUUUUUGGCAGAGAGGAAACUGAAGCAAGAAGUGUGGAACUUAGUGCAGAACAUACAGCAUUAGAAGCAAAGUCACCAAAUGAGAUUCCCCUGUAUCAGAGGCUAAUCGCAGCUUUGAUUCCUGAAGAAGGAAAUGUGGCCCCUUAUGGAAAAGAUAACCUAAGAUAUGAUGUUUAUGGAUCUCACUCUGAAAUGGAAAAGGAUAUAGAAUCUGAUACAUUGUGCUCUCAGAUCUCACUUAUCCCUUCGGCAUAUCCUAUGCCGAAUGGUUAUGAUGUAAAUGCUAAUGGGAGAUCAUUUUAUGAGCUAGAGUGCAGUACUGUGUCUACUCCUGACACAGGGAUUCCCAGCUAUGAUCAUGUGCAAACUCGUUUACAUACAGAACAGUCAAUGCCUGGCAUGAAUUGUUCUGACUAUCAAUAUUGUAAUUUGCCAAUAAAUGAAAGACUUCUCUUAGAGGUUCACAACAUAGGAAUCUACCCAGAUCUAGUGUGUGGAGAUGAGGAAAUAAGUGGAGAUAUCAAUAGUUUGGACGAGAAAUACCAGGAACAGGUUUCAAGGAAGAAAAGCUUCCUCGGCAAACUUCUGAGUUCUGUUUCUGAAGCUAAAGAGCUGCAGGAAAAGGAAUUUGAAGUGCUUGCUCUUGAUAAACUUGUUGGAAUGGCCUAUGAAAAAUACAUGAGUUGCUUGGGUCCUAACAGUCAGGGUACGAAGAAUAACAGUAGUAAAAUUGCCAAACAACAAACUGCCUUGGCUUUUGUUAAGCGAACAUUGGAGCGGUACCAGGAAUUUGAGGCUACAGGAAAAAGUUGCUUUGAUGAUCCUUUGUACAGGGACAUGUUCCUCUCUGGAGUCUCGCGCCUCGUUGAUGGACAGCCUCUGAAUUCCAGCACAGACAACGAAUGUAACAAACUCAAUUUCGGCAUCUCUGGCUGCUCUAUGGAAGUUAGAACUCCAGCUCAUCUGGGCACACAGCAGAGCCCCAUGUCAAACAAUCAGGAUACAUAUUCAUUUGAAGCCUUCCCAUCAGCAAACCUGGGCUCACAACAAAUUACUGGUACUGAAGACAGUUGGUCAAAUAAAGUGAAAAGAAGGGAACUGAUGCUCGAUGAUGUUGGUGGAACGAGUGGCAGAGUCCCAAGUCUGCAGCCAGUACUUGGUGGUUCACUUUCAUGCAGCGCCAAAGGAAAAAGGAGUGAGAGGGACAGAGAAGGAAAGGGAAACAGUUUAGGCAGAAGUGGAACUGGUAAAGUCGGCCGCCCGGCAAACUCUGCUAAAGGAGAGAGAAAGUCCAAGGCAAAACCUAAGCAGAAAACAACUCAUUUGUCUGCUUCGGUGAAUGGAUCUUUAGGGCAAAUGGCUGACCAGGCAAAAGGAGUGUUCUCACCAUCCCUCAACUCGAAUGAAGUUGGCGGGCAUGAAAAUACGAACAAUAACAUUGACUAUAAUAACUCAGAGAUGUUGGAAGAGCCAAUUGAUUUAUCAGGCCUUCAACUCCCUGAGAUGGAUGAUAUAGGUGUUCCUGAUGAUUUAGGUGGUCAAGGAGAGGAUAUAGGGUCUUGGUUAAAUAUCGAGGAUGAUGGAUUGCAUGAUCAUGAUUUUAUGGGUGGCCUUGGAAUCCCAAUGGAUGACUUGUCGGACUUAAAUAUGAUGGUUUGAGACUGCGGUGUUGUAUAUUUCUGUAUCUUAUACUAUCAGAAGAAGAAAAAGGAGGGAAGGAGAGAGAAAAAGGAUUUACUGCCAUGAACGGACCACAAUUAGAUGUUGUUCAUGCAAUUAUCCAGACUAUUGUUAGGCUAUCAUAUUCUUUAGGUUAAAGCCCCAGGUUAGUUGAUUUGAAGCGAAUAUUUGCCUGUGAGCAUUCUGUCAAUGUUUGAGUUGUUGACAUUUUGUCUGUAAAGAUCUUUUUGUUCGAUGUAUGAGCCUCAAUCGUAGGAUAAGGUACCUAGCAAAUACAGAUAGCAAACGGAGCUUCUUGUACAUAAAAUUUAUAUUUCAAUAAAAUCAUGUUUCUGAUAUUCUAGCAUUCUUGUAGGAACCAGGAUCAUGGUGCCUUCUUCAAGUGGCACAUAGGUUAUGUAUCUAUUAUUGGUGAGUACAAUAUUUCGAUUCAUUUUUUUUUUCCCCCGACAUAUGAUUCUUUGAUCUUUGGUGAUGGAAAGGCAAUGGUAGUUGCCAUCUGAAUGAUGUUUUCUUGAGGAUGCAGUAGUGAUCCAGGUAAGAGGUGAUAUACGUGGGCUGGUAGAUUAUCAAAUGGAUUUUUUUCUGCAGGCCAGCGCACUUUUUAACUGAUUUCACGUAGUAAAAUUUUUAUUCAGUUUUUCUUGAUCAUGUUAAUGAUGAAUCUAUUGUUGAGUCCAAAAUUUUCAGAAUUUUUGGACUC